AUGCCAUCACGACGCCCCUCUGCUGAAAAGCCAUCACGCACAAGUGAGCGACUGCAGCUUGGCAAGGCUGCAGAAGCAUCGAAGCAGAGUGCAGCACCACAAGGUGUGUCCAAACGCAAACGCUUUCGUCGACCUCGACAACGCAAAAGCUGCCACCUCUUCAAGCUCCCUGCCGAAUUACGUAACAUCAUCUACCGCCACGUGCUGGUCUCUGGAGAAGAAAUCAAACUGAAGCCAAAGGGACCCGGAGAGCCGGCGCUAUUGCGCGUUUGUCGAGGCGUCCGCAAGGAGGCGAGGAGUAUCUACUACACCGAGAACAAAUUCAGGUUAAGCAUCACCGCCUUCAACGGCGUUGCCUUUACUCAUUUCGCACGCCAAUAUCGCAUCUAUCGGCACCUACGACCUCAAGGCAACUCGAACAUCACAUUCCUUAUCGACAAUGAUCCCCACUGGGAGAACCUCGUGGCAUGGGUCAAGGACUACUUCCUCUGGGCUGGAUUGCGCCCGGAUCUGGAGGUCAAGACGAGGCCGAGUGAUCACAUCGUCAAUGCGGCGUUCAAUCUCGCAGAUGCGGUACCGCAUUGGGGCUACUAUGGAUGGGCCACAGUCGAGAAAUCAUUGGAAGCGUUUCGUGAUGGCCUGAAGGGGACGUGUUCGCCUUGGGUCAGGAAUUACGACAAGGAGGAUUAG